GGUUUCAUACUUCUCAUUCUUUUUAAUAUUCUUUUUUAUAAAAUAAAAAGCCAUACCUUUCCCGGUAAAACGAAACCCUAAUUCUCCUCCGCAUUCGCAAUUCUCUCUUACUUCAGUUCCCAACUUCUGGAAUCCGCAGUUGAAUUCAUUCUUCUCAGACUAAAAUUUCCGAUCCUUGGCACUGUUUAUGUCAUCGAAGUAUUUUUGCAGCUGAUCUGAAAAUGGAACAGCCGGAACAUCGGGCAUGGAUGUAUAAUCGGCGUACUGUUGGUCGAAAAGGGUUUACACCUGAAUUUUUGCAAGGCCUCAAAGAGUUUCUCAAUUUCGCUUGUCAACAACCACAAUGUUUGAAUGAGGGUGUAAUAAGUUGUCCGUGUAAGCUAUGUAAAAAUGAGAGAUGCCUAACUCCGAAGGGAGUGAAUGCUCAUGUUCGUCAAAAAGGGUUUACACCCGGAUAUUGGUAUUGGACAUCCCAUGGAGAAGAAGUUCCUCAAAUGAAUUUUGAUGUUGAUAUGGACUCAAAUGCAUUUCCUUACAGUAGUCAAGAAGAUAUUGGGUUUGAUGAUGCUGAUCUUAAUGACCAAAAUUUUGUACAAAAUGAAGGGGUGCCUCCAAAUGUGGAAGCAACUGAGAUGUAUGAUAUGUUGAAUUCGACUAAUCAACCUUUAUUACGGCCAGGGUACAAAAAUACAUCAAACUUGUCUGCUGCUAUUACAAUGUUGAAUUUACGAUCUAAACACAACAUGUCACAAGAUUGUUUCAAUGACGUGUUAAAGUUAAUGGGAGAGUCAAACCACAAUGGGAAUGUAAUUCCUUCAAAUUCUAGGGAUACAGAGAGAACAAUGCAGCCUGCUAAAAUGUCAAGAAAAAAGAAACGUGCAGAAACCCAUGCUCCCUUGAUAAUUCCUUCAAAUGCUAGCAAUACAAAGAAAACUCUGCAGCCAGCUAAAAUGUUAAGAAAAAAGAAAUCUGCACAAACCCGUGCUCUGUUGGUAAGUCCAUCUGAUACCCUUCAAAUUUUUUCUAACGGAGCUACUCAACCUCCAUCUCGAACUAAACCUCGAACUAAACUUAAACGACCUCCACCCACUAAACCACUAAACCUUUGUGCGCAACCCCAACCCACUCAAUCAUGUCCUCAACUUCGCCCGCGACCCCAACCCACUCCACCCACUCAACCUCAACUUCGCCCGCGACCCCAGCCCACUCCACCCACUCAACCUCAACUCCACAUGCAACCUCAAUCCACACCACUCAAUCAACCUCAACUCAGCAUGCAACCUCAAUCCACUCCACCUCGACCUCAACCUCAAUCGGUGACACCUCGGUCUGAACCUCACCCUGUCAUAUCUCAAACCAUUCCUACCCAAGUCCUUCGAUGGCAAGAAUUUUCAACAGUCAACUUAACUUCGAACAAAAUCCCUAUACUUCCAGAAGGAGAUGGGUUUGAUCAACACACCUUGGUAGUUAAGGCAAUAGGUUCAAUCAUACGUACUUACUUGGCUGAGGGAAUACCAUCGUGGAAGCAGAUAUCUAAAAAGCAACGAGAUUCGUGGUUUGAUAUAUUUAAAUCAAUGUUUACAUGGCCACCUGAACAUAAAGACCUGGUGCGACGUAACUUUGAGAAAAGGGGUUCAGCUAAAAUGGUUCAAUUAAUGCAAGAUGCUCGAAGAAAUUUAGAUCACAAACCAAUUUGGAUGGAAGAGUGUGUGUGGGCACAGUUGAAGGCACAUUGGGAGACCUCAAAAUACAAGAGAAUAUCUGAAAUAAAUAAAAGAAAUUCGGAGGCUAUGGCUGAUGCUUCUCUUCACACUGGUGGAUCAAUUCCUCAUCGUUUGCAUUGGAAACGAAUGAAGGAGGCAAAUGGGACAGAUCCAUCCAUGGCUGAGUUUUAUUUUCGUACGCAUCGAAAGAAGGAUCAAAGUUGGGUGGGUCCAUCUGCAGAGUCUGCUUAUAAGAAAUUUGAACAAAGAAAAUUGGAAUUAUCUUCACAGUUUGAUUCAGGAGAGAAUAGUGGCGAUAAUCAACAAUCCAUAGAAAUGCCAUGUGACUUGGAUAUAUGGGUAGAUUCAAUUGGACAUAAAAAGGGAAGGGUUUUUGGUCUCGGAUCUGUUACCAAAACAUUGGUUCCAUCUGUUAGGCCUCCUGGAAAUUCAGGAGAUGUCAAUGCUUUAAGAAGUCAGAUUCAUGCACUUAGCGAGUCGUUGCAUAAACAUGAACAAGAGAAACUAGAAAUGGAACAAGAGAAACUAGAAAUGAAACAAGAGUUGACGGAGACUAGAAAACAAGUAGCGGCUUUAAUGCAACAUCUAGGAUUUGCUGGCUAUGAACAAGAGAAACUAGAAAUGAAACAAGAGUUGAUGGAGACUAGAAAACAAGUAGCGGCUUUAAUGCAACAUCUAAGAUUUGCUGGCUCUUCUUCCCGUCCAUUUUCAUUAUCUCAAAACAGCAAUGAUACUGAUAAUGGUGAUGAUGGUACUGAUAUGGAGUAGGACUGUAUCUGUUUUUUAGGACUUGAGUUAGUUAAUUUUUUGCAUAAGUUAGUUUGGACUUAAGUUAGUAUAACAUUUUGCUACAAAAGUGUUAUGUGACAUGUCUUAUGUAUUACUCGGAUGCUUUACUGGGUAAAAGUAAAUAUACCUGCGAAUUACUUGUGAAAUUUCUUUUGAAUUCGUCUCAAAUUUGCAAGUAAAAUUCUUUUGACUUGGGCCAA